GGGAGGGAGAGAGAGAGCGUGUUACGUUAAUGUCGGGUGAUGCCCUCCCCUCGCCAAAUCUCCUCCGCUGAGAUGGUGAGGCUUCCUCAAAACUCCAAUCUCACGGCGGCGCGUGCAGAUUGCCUGAACUAUCUGAAGGUUUAGAAGUUUACCAAAUCUUUCAGCCUGCCUGCAAAUGAGCUGAAUGCCUACACUUGUCAGUAGGUGAAGCACAAUAAGGAUCCCGAUGUUAGAUAUCUUAAAUAUUUAAGAGAAUUGAGCAGAACAAUAAAACGCUCAAUGCUUUUACAUAGGAGACCGUGAAUCUUGUUGUAUACGUGAGAGUUACGCAUCACUGCCUCUUUAAAUGUGCGCACCGCUGGUGCCAGAUACGCGUUUCCAGUCUGCGCUGGUGAUGCGAUGCCCCGCAACCACAGCGGCGAUGAGGGCGGUACUGGUCUCUGGAUGAAGACCUCUCAGCACUAUGGAAUGAAAGAUGUCGAAGCCGGUCGUGGGACGAUGAACAACGCGACCAGGACGGUUGACAGUCUGCUUUCGGCGCCCGGCACAACAGGUGCAGGAGGGUCGGAGAACCUGAGGAGAAAGCAGGGCGCCCGGCUGAGCCUGCUCGGGAAACCGCUCACCUACAGCGCGCAGAGCGGCCGGAGAAACGCGCGCUACAGGAAGCUCCAGAACUGCCUCUACAAUGUCCUGGAGCGACCGCGCGCCUGGGCAUUCGUUUACCAUGCUUUCGUGUUCACCUUGGUGUUUGGCUGUCUGGUUCUGUCUGUGUUCUCCACCAUCCCUGCUCAUACAGAGCUCUCCAAUCACUGUCUCUUCAUACUGGAGUUUGUGAUGAUUGUUGUGUUUGGUCUGGAGUACAUCAUUCGCAUCUGGUCAGCUGGAUGCUGCUGUCGCUACAGGGGAUGGCAAGGUCGACUGCGCUUCGCUAGAAAACCAUUCUGUGUCAUCGACAUUAUUGUACUUAUUGCAUCCAUCGCUGUGGUUUCAGCUGGUAGCCAGGGCAAUAUUUUCGCCACGUCUGCACUUCGCAGUCUUCGUUUUUUACAGAUCCUGCGCAUGGUGCGUAUGGACAGGCGAGGCGGUACCUGGAAACUGCUGGGAUCUGUAGUCUAUGCUCACAGCAAGGAGCUUGUGACCGCCUGGUACAUUGGCUUCCUGGUGCUGAUCUUCUCUUCAUUCCUAGUCUACUUGGUGGAGAAAGAAUUUAACACACAGUUCGCCACAUACGCCGAUGCUCUUUGGUGGGGUACGAUCACCCUCACCACCAUUGGAUAUGGGGAUAAAACUCCUCAGACCUGGACGGGGCGACUUCUCUCUGCAGGCUUUGCUUUGCUGGGCAUCUCCUUCUUCGCUUUGCCUGCUGGUAUUCUUGGCUCUGGCUUUGCACUGAAGGUCCAAGAGCAGCACAGACAGAAGCACUUUGAGAAGAGGAGAAACCCAGCAGCCAGUCUGAUACAGUGUGUUUGGCGUAGCUAUGCGGCUGAUGAAAACUCGGUUUCCAUUGCUACCUGGAAGCCUCAUUUGAAGGCGCUGCAUACCUGCAGCCCUACAAAGAAAGACCAGGGAGAGUCCAUCAGCAGCCAAAAGCUGAGUUUUCGGGAGCGUGUGCGCAUGGCCAGUCCUCGUGGUCAGAGCAUGAAGAGCAGGCAGAUGUCAGUGAAUGACCGGCGCUCUCCUGGCACAGAGGUGGGAGUGGAGGGAAGCAGCCCUGCCAAAGUCCAGAAGAGCUGGAGCUUUAAUGAUCGAACUCGCUUCCGCCCAUCGCUCAGACUCAAGAGCCAAUCGCGUACCACAACUGAAGCUGACACCAAUCUUGGACCUGAUGAUGCUUCUGAUGAGAAGGGUUGCCACUGUGAUGUGACUGUGGAAGAUCUGUCUGCUCCUCUAAAAGCAGUCAUCAGGGCCAUCAGGAUUAUGAAAUUCCAUGUGGCAAAGAAGAAAUUUAAGGAGACAUUACGACCGUACGAUGUGAAGGAUGUGAUUGAGCAAUACUCUGCUGGUCACCUAGAUAUGUUGUGUCGGAUCAAGAGUCUCCAGACAAGGUUGGACACCAUUGUGGGUCCACAGAUCCUGAGCAGCAAAGCAAAGACCUUUUCCUCUCCCUCCCUGCACUUGUAUUACAGCCAGGCCAAGAGGAAACACUCUGCCCCAGGACUCGCCACACCCGUGCGUCCACAUCAGACACUCGGCACCAAAGCCAGGAACCUUUCCUCUCCCUCUCUACACUUGUAUUACAGCCAAAGCAAGAAGAAGCACUCUGGGUCAGAGGCCUGUAGAAGGGUGGAUCAGAUACUGGGAAAGGGCCAGAUUUCUGUAGACAGGAAAGGUAGAGAGAAAAUCCUCCUAGAAGGGGAAUCCCUGGAGCAUGACAUGAGUAUGCUCGGCCGUGUCUGUAAAGUAGAGAGACAAGUGCAGUCCAUUGAGUCCAAGCUUGACUCAUUGCUGGAUAUCUAUCGUCAGGUUCUGCAUAAGGGUCCCUCUUCAAUGCUUGGUCUAUCUGCCUUGCCUCUGUUCGAGUUGGAUCAGACAUCUGACUACCAAAGCUCCAUCCAUAGCAAGGAUCUGUCCUCCUCCUCACAGCUUACUAGUGGAGUGUCUCGCUCUGGCAGCAGUAACCUUCACCAUGGCCUGCAUCUUGCCCUAGCCCCCAGUGAACUCAACCUGAGUACUGGUUUCCCACAGUCAACCUCCUCCUUCCCACCCUCCUCCCUACUCAACAAUCAACCUUCCAGCCCAGACAGUUUCUACCCAGCUUCUCCUCCUCCCAUCCUCACCCCCAACAACCUCUCUAGAAGUCACCAGCGGUUCACUGAGCUGACUAGACCUGUACCGACAGUCCAUUCAACCACAACUCUUCAGCUCCCGCCUAUGGUACUGCCGCCUCAGGGCCAGCCUACUGGCCUUAUCCCAGAAACAUUACAGGAGAGCAGGGCAGAGUGUCCAAGCACUUGCCUUUUGGGUACCCAAACUGAGGUCCAGUUAGACAGAGAGGCUGAGAGUAUUGAAAGAACAGUACAGCUAAGGAAUAAGCCAGAGCGCAGCCCCAAGGAGGAGGGGUCUUGGAGAAGACACCUAAGCCUUGAUAUUGACCCUUUGAGGCUGAUAUCUUCCACAACAUCUGCUUUGCUGCAGGUUGAACCUGGGCUUGGGAAGUCUCUCUCUGCUCAGAACCUUAUGCUACCAGCUGCUGCGGACUGCCAUCCCAGCCUAUCCACUCGGAAUAGUGGUGGCAGAAACAAUGAAUCUAGUGACCGGGAGCCACUAGCCGACUGGUGCGAUACAGAGCUGUUCAUCAAUGAUAAAGAGCUGGACACCACGGAGGGUGACCACUACCUCCUAAAUCACCAACAAAGCACAGGUACAACCUUCUCUUCUGAGCUGCUAUGGACAGGAGCUAGAGGGCUAUCUUCCAGGCAGGCUGGACCAAGAGAUAGCUCGGAGUCCCAUACCUUGCCUCACGUUUGCCUAGAAUAACCACAGUGCACAGGGACCUUGCUGGGAGUCCACCUGUGGACAUUUGGCUGCUAAAAUGUAAAAAAUGAGGAAGAAAACCUUUAUCAUGACAAUAAUUCAACAGUUGCAAUAUCAUAAUUAACCAUUUUUAUAUGUAUUUUAAUUGCUUCGUAACCUGCAUCCAUUUAAUGAGAAAUGAUUUGUCUGUCAAGUUGAAAUUCACACAGAUGUGUUUUGAUUGGAAUUGCAGGAAUAUUUAAUUUCUGUUGUAUUUUGUGAGAGCUUUUAAAUUCUGUAGCAAGCAGGCAUCUUAUACCUGAACCUCAGCUUUGGAACUUUUGUUCUACAUUUUUUAUUCCAUGCUUCUGAAUGGUACAAUAAGUGCUUUAACUAAAAUAUUUGUAAGUUUAACUGAGAAUGUAACGUGUAUAUCAUUAUGUAUGUAGAAAAAUAACCAUGAUUAGCUGUGUUCAUUUUUUUUCUUUCUGUUAAAAGCAUCCGAGUUGUACAUUGAGGAUGUUUUUGGCACUGUGCAAAUGGAAGCACAACUGUUCAGAUGUGUAGAGGAAACCUGCAAAUGUGAUGUUGUUUUAACGUGAAAAUGCUUUAAAUAUGAUUUAUAAUCCAGUUGAGAUACAUACUUAGCUCAUAAUAUGGACCCCUGAAAAUUAAAUUGAGAAAAUGUCAACAGCUGUGGAACUAAUUCAUGCUUGAAUUGCAGAGAAGGUUGGACAGAGACAUUAGUCUUCUAAACACAUUAUAAUUAGUAUUAUAUUUGUUAUUACUUUUCUGUAAGUUUUCUUUCAUUUGCAAUUCAAUGUUUUACAGUGCCUUUUUGCAUUUUAUUAAACAUUCAUAAAACUUCAUAACAGCACUCUUACCUUGAACUUUUAUUAAAAUCGUUGUGUUUGUUUCGAUAAUUGCACAUUCUCUGUUUGGCUGUGAACUUUGAGCGUCUGUCUGUUAAAGCAGCAUUUCUUUGUUUUACCAAUAGAUCAAAUAAUUUAUUACACAGAAACUGGCCUUAACAUACAUGCUUGAUAAUGUUAGCGUUCUGUCAUUCAGAAUAAUUUAUUUCAUCAUUGUGCACAUGACAGAGUUGAUGCUCUGGGAUUUAAAAUGCAAAUUUAUAAUAAUCCUUAUACUUAAAUAAACAAAAGACUUGAAACUCUUGUU